AUGACAGCCUCUAUGUUGUCCGUCUUCUCUAGCAGACUGCCUAGCAACAUCGCCCGUCUUGCAAUUGCACCUCUUCCUCGACCCUCUGGGCGCACACGUGCUUUCCUUGUAUCGCGUGGCAAGCUCUUGCUGACGAUUUCUGACCAAUUCAGCUCGGUCGACCUCUCUGAACUCGAAGACUGCUCCAUCGCCGUCGAUGCGACGUACUAUCUGAGCCAGCUUCUCGACACUUCGCCGGCUCACGAACCUCUACUCUCGGCCCUCGGCGGUCUGACUGGCAUCCAGACUCACAUCAAUGAGAACCUGGAUCUUUGGAAUAAGAAUCGUAUUGUUCCAUUCUUCAUCUUUGAUGGACAGUCCAUCCCCGGUCAAGACGAAGUCGGCCUUAAGCGCCGGCGGGCCGCGAACAAGAAGACCGACGAGGCAUGGGAUUUGUACUCGAGAUCAGAAGCCGAGAAAGCCGUUUCGACUUUUGGGGCCAAUGCAGGUGCCUACAUCAUCCAGAACUUGUACCCGUUACUGCAGGGAAUUCUGAAACAGCGAGGCCUUCAUUUUCUCGUGCCUCCUUACAAUGCAUGCGCCCAACUAGCCUACUUUGAAAUGAUCGACUCUGAACAAUGCGCCGGCGUCAUGGGCCCUCAGGAACUGCUUCUCUACCCCAUCAAGGAUGUCAUUAUUCGCUCUCUUGAUUUUGAAGCAAACAAGGUCACGGCCAUUUCCAAGAAGAAGAUAAUGCGCAUACUUAGUGUAACGGAGCCCAUGUUCAUUGACGCCUUGCUCAUGACUGGAACCUCCUUUCUUCCCACGUUUCCCCCUUUGCUGGAUACCUCGAUGUACACCAAUCAAUUCACCAUAAUGGACGCCGUCAAUAUGCUGAGGACCUCUGACAAGGCUGUGGCCAGUGCCUGCGCUUCCUUCAACGACAUUCUGCAAGCUCAAGAUGCCAACUGGCUGGACAAGUACAGGAAGGCACGGCUGGCUGCUCAUCACUUCAUUUAUAUUGCCGAAAACGGUGAGGUGCUUGUCAACGAUUUCGAGCGCCUCACCAAGGAUAACCACGAAUACCUCGGCCUCCAGCUGCCUGCGGAGCUCUUCCACUAUCUCAACACGGGACUGAUCGGCGCACGCAAUCUGAACAGUAUAACGCACGGUCAAAUUGUAGUGCAGCCCACCUUGGACGGCGUUGUAUCUGAUGAGUACAAGAAACUCAUCACCACGAAGCUGGUCCCAAUUAAGGAACAGGCUCUUGGCCUAAUCAUCCCUCGCGUCCACCGAGGUAUUGGACACAAAGACAUCACUUUGCGUGUUUGGUUCGAUCCAAAGUUCUCCCACACAAUUAAUCAUCGUGCACAGCAGCCGCCUCCGUCGCAACGGGUUGGUACUUGGGAUGUUAAGGAGAGCGACCUACGCAGUGUCUUUCCAGCCGGUUUUGCAGGCCCCAUCUAUCUGGAAGUCCUGGCCCUCGCUAACGCCGAGUUCGUGGCAAAGACAAUUGCCAAGGAAAGUAAAAUCAGAGGAAUUGAUAGCUUGGAAAUGGUUACAUCUGUUUCCAUUUGGCGAUUUCUUCACCUGAGGGGCUAUGUCAGCGACUCCCAUACGCUGACCAAAUGGGGGAACGCAUUGGCGACCACCUUAUUGGCGCUCAAAGAUGCAGCCGAGAAUCGCCCCGAGGUCCCUGCACUUGAUGAGGCGGCCCUGCUUGCCUUUGAGUUGGUUCGACAUGGCAUACUGGGAGCCAAGCAUCAGGAAAACAUUGCCGGCUUGCCUCGCAGGGGAACCGACGAAGACAAGACUAGCCUGGUGCUGAUUAGCCAAUGUGCAACACUGUUAAAGCUGCGUCACCAAGUGUAUGGCUACACUGGACCUCUUAACAAGAGUCUUUUGGCAUUCCGCUCUCAGUCAUCGGCCGUUCGCGAGGUGGAUCGCGAUCUGAUAGAAGCUAUCGUGGCGUCCAUGUUCAUGUAUGGACAAAGCAGGAGAGACAGAGAGGACUAUCUAGAGAUAAGCCAAAGGCUCCCAUUUUUGCAAGAGCCGGACAUCGGAUUGGGAAUUGCGGUGCGGACCUUCUUUGACGAGGAUGACGCUUCUCAUAGCAAGGAGAAGCGAAAUGAACGAUUGGAGGAGUUCCCAAAGACUUUUGUGCCGUUUGCCGAGGCCUUGACGGAUGACUUCCGAAUCUGUGUGGAUUUUUUCAAUGCUCUGAAUCAAGGCAUGCAGACUCUUGGCUCCGACGAGUUGCCUGCGGCGGAUAAAACAGCUUGGAGCAACGCUCAAGCCUACCUGGAUGCUCGACCUUUCUGA